AUGUCACCGCAGAGAAAGCUGCUGCUGCUGGGCACAUUCGUGCACUGCAAGACGCAGCAGGACCUCGACAUCUUCCACGGCGCGGGCAUCGCCGUCGACGCCGAGGGCAAGAUUGCCGCCAUUGAACGGGAUGCGCCGGAUCUGGACGAGGCCAAGGCGCGGCUGCUGACGAGGCUGGGCUGGGACGAGGCGGAGGUGGACGUGACGCAGGCUGCGGACGGGCAAUUCUUCUUUCCCGGCUUCAUCGACACGCACAUCCACGCGGCGCAGUACGCCAACGCCGGCAUCUUUGGCAAGUCGAGCCUCCUGGACUGGCUCGAGACGUACACGUUCCCGCUGGAAGCCAGCCUGUCGGACCUUUCCAAGGCGCGCCGCGUCUACGCGCGCUGCAUCCGCCGGACGCUGUCCCACGGCACCACGACGGCGACGUACUUUGCCACGCUCGACGUCGCGGCGACGAACCUGCUGGCGGACCUGUGCCUGUCCAUGGGCCAGCGCGCCUUCGUCGGCCGCGUGUGCAUGGACCGCGCGGACGAGCUGAAUCCCGCCUACUACCGCGACGCGUCGACAGAGGCCAGCCUCGAGGCGACGCGGCAGACGAUUGAGCACGUCCGGCGCAUCGACCCCGGCUUCGACAUCGUGUCGCCCAUCUUGACGCCGCGCUUCGCCCCCUCGUGCACGCGCGAGGUCAUGCGCGGCCUGGCCCAGAUCCAUCGCGAGACGGGGCUGCCCAUCCAGACGCACCUCUCCGAGAACACGGGCGAGAUCCAGCUCGUCGCGCAGCUCUUCCCCGAGACGACGUCGUACACGGACGUGUAUCGUCGGCUGGGCCUGCUCACGCCGCGGACCGUCCUCGCGCACGCGGUGCACCUCUCGGAGGAAGAAGCAGACGUCAUUGCCGGCCACGGAUCCAAAGUCUCGCACUGCCCGUGCAGCAACACGUCCUUGACGAGCGGUGCGGCGAGGGUCCGCUGGCUGUGGGACAAGGGCAUCGAUGUUGGCUUGGGGACGGACGUCAGCGGCGGAUACAGCCAUUCUAUUCUCGAAGCGGCGCGACAAGCUGCCAUGGUGAGCCGGCACGUGGCCAUGAACAUUCACACUGCUCACGAGAACGACGACAACGACGACGACGUGGCUGCAAAGGAGAAGGAGAGAGUCAAGUUGACGGUCGAAGAGGUCUUGUAUCUCGCUACGAAGGGCGGCGCGAAAUGCGUUGGUCUGGAAGAUAAAGUCGGCGGGUUUGAGGUGGGCAUGGAGUGGGAUGCGCAGCUCGUUGCGUUGAGCCAUGUGCAUGACGACGGGGAGCUGCAUCACGAUGCUGAGCAUGAGCAUGAGGAGGAGGAUCAUGGGUUUGUGGACGUCUUUGGGUGGGAGAGCUGGGAGGAUAGAGUGGCCAAGUGGCUGUACAAUGGAGAUGACCGCAACACGAAGAGGGUCUGGGUCAAGGGCAGGCUGGUGCAUAGACGGCGGUGAUUGGGGGGGAAAAGAUUUUCCUCUUUCUCUUACACACACCCACACAAACACGAACAAUACAGAAAGGCAAGAGAAAGGAUAGGGCAAAAUAACACGAUGGAGAAACAUAUAAAGGGGGGGCAACACACAAUGCAUAGAACUGGGCAAAGAGCAGGACAAGAGAUCACUUUAGAAUUCUUGGAGGUUUAGAGGGGAGACAUUU